AUGCAGUUCAUCAACGUCGCCGCUGUUGCCUCCGCGCUCUUCUCUACCGUGGCCUUGGCCGCACCCGCUGCCGAACUCGGCUGGAAGCCCCAGACUGCCACCGUCCAGCUUGCCAACGAGCAGAGCGGUGCCUCUGCCAACGUGGUCAUCCCCAUUGACGGCAUCUCUCGACCCGUCCAGGAACUCUGGAGCCACACCGCGAUCUCCGCCGAGCACCAUGGCCUUGUCUUCGCCUCCAGCGCUCAGCUGACGACCUUCCAGCAGAGCACCGUCUGCACCAUCACUGAGGACAGCCGCCACGUGGAUGCCAAGCUGGACGCCGAGAAGACUUGGGUCUCCUUCGGUAAUGCUCCCAUCGAGCUUUGCGCGGCUCUAAUCACCUGCCACUGCGAGGGCGAGGCCAAGCAGCACUCUCACUAA